AUGUUAGAAUAUCCAUUGCUUCCAUCUUAUCAUGAAAGCAUUGCCCAAACGCAGCAUGCAUCUGUGCUUAAACCAUCUGCUCAAUUGCCAGAAAUAACGACAGCACGUCUGCCCUAUCCUCAUCUCCCUCAAUCAAUAGCAGUUCAACAAUAUAUGUCAAAUAGCUUGACCUUAUUAGAGAAUGAUCGCAUUGUCGCACCGAUCACGUCACAAUGUUCCGGCCUUAUUAAAGCUAACCUUACACAUGGUGUUCGUAAAGUGAUCCUUAACCGUACUAAAGGUAAAAAGUACGGAGUGAGGAUGCGGGCAGUCAAUCAGGGAGUUUUUGUCCAGUUGGUAGCUGAAGGUUCUCCAGCUGCAGCUGCUGGUAUCCGAUUUGGUGAUCAGCUGCUUAACUUAAAUGGCACCGAUGUUCUUGGAAUGAGCGGACAAAAGGUAAUGGAUAUAAUGAAGAAAUCAAAACAUGAAGUGGUUCUCAUGUUCAAAGACAGGCCGCUAGCCAGAACGAUAACGUUACAUAAAGAUGUAAACGGCUUGUUAGGAUUCGCAUUUAAGGAUAAUCUUAUCACAGCAGUGAUGCAGGAAUCAAGUGCUAGUCGGAAUGGAUUGCUUAUCAAUCAACGAAUCAUUGAAGUGGAUGGACAAAAUGUGAUGGCUUUUAAGAACAAAGCGAUUAAAUCCUGUUUGGAUGAUGCCCCAAUGACAGUCACAUUAACACUCAUGCCUACAGAAUUUUAUGAUGAAAUUAUAAAAAAUUUGGAUCGAUCCUUAAUGAAAAAACAGAAUCAUACUGUGCCACAAUUGUGA